AUGGCUUCCUAUACUAAAUUCGAGUAUUUUAAUUUCACUUUCCCUCGUCCGUUUGUGGCCCAUAUCGAGGUCAACAGAGCCUCUAAAAUGAAUGCCUGGAUCGAACCAAUGUGGCAUACACUCAAAAAAAUAUUCGACCAGCUGUCAGAAGAUCCUCAAGUCCGAGCAGUUAUUCUGAGUGGAGCCGGAGAGAAAGCCUUCACAGCAGGCUUAGAUGUCCAUGAGGCCAGUACUCAAGGCAUAACCACUCGGAACCUCAAAUCGGAUCCGGCCAGAAGGGCUGUAUACAUUAGGAGACACCUUUUGGAGUUCCAAAGUUGCCUCACAACUGUUGAAAAAUGCGAGAAGCCGGUUAUCAUCAUCAUGCAUGGUAUAACUAUUGGUCUAGGAAUUGAUCUUGCCUCAUGCUGUGAUAUUAGGAUAUGCACAGAAGACGUUAUGUUUGCGGUGAAGGAAGUUGAUAUUGGUCUUGCUGCUGAUGUUGGCACAUUGACUCGCCUGCCUAAGAUCGUGGGCAAUUACGGUUGGGUAAAGGAGGUUUGUCUAACCGCUAGGUAUUUUGGUGCUCAGGAGGCCAUGCAGGUAGGAUUCGUUGGCCGAUUGAAAGUUGCAGAAUUGUUAGCAAGCAAAAGCCCAGUUGCUGUACAAUCAACAAAAGAGCUCUUGAACUUUAGUCGUGAUCAUACUAUUGAAGAUGGUCUGCGUUAUACUGGUAUUUGGAAUUCAGUGGCUGUGCAGGCGACAGAUGUACAAGAGGCAAUGCUAUCAGGUCUUCAGAAACGAAUACCAAAAUUUGAGAAGCUUUAGCACAUGAAAUACUGUUUCGUGUGGCAGAAGACUCUUAAAAGUAAGGUAAUCGGAUACAAUUUCAUCAGAAGCUUACUUUGGCC